AUGACAAGCGACAAUCCAGCUGCACUAUCCGUCCACUUAGCUCAUACACUUCGUGGUCAUACAUCUGAUGUUAAUGCCGUUAUUUUCUCACCAACACAUUCUACUUCACCAUUACUUGCAUCAUGUUCAUCAGAUAAAACAAUUCGACUAUGGAAUUUAAAUGAUCAAUCAUCAACAACAUUAACACGACAUACAUAUCAAGUUCAUUGUCUUGCUUUUUCGCCAAUUCUUAAUGAUACUGAUGAUUCAAAAAUUAGAAAUAUGGCAUCAGUUUCAACUGAUGGAACUUGUCUUCUAUGGGAUUUAACAACAAUAAGUGUAUUAAAAGAAUAUAAACAUGAUAGUGGUUCUCCUAUUCGUGUUUGCCAAUUUUCAUCUGAUGGAAUUUUAUUAGCGACAGCUGGUGAUGAUGAACUAAUCAAUUUAUGGGAUAUAACUGCUUCAUCAUCUCGACCAGUUAAAACUUUAUCUGGUCAUUCAGCAUCGAUUGUUGCACUACGAUUUUUUUCAAAUCUUCUCAUAUCUGGUUCCUUUUAUGGUGACCUUAAAAUUUGGGUUAUUGAUUCCUCAUUCACUGGUCCUGUUCAUUUUGAACGUGAAGCACAUGAUUUAGGUGUAACAUGUUUAGACAUCUUUGCUUCUUCAUCGACUGAAAUUCACCAUCAUCAGCAUCCACCUCAUUUAAUAGCUUCAGGUGGAAAUGAUAACAAUGUUAAAAUUUGGCACUGUACAUCGUCAUCAAAACAUCACUUGACACCUGUAAGAACAUUAAAAAAGCAUUCAUGUGCUGUUAUGUGUGUAUCAUUUGGUAUAAAACAUUAUUUGGCAAGUGGCUCUGGUGAUAAAACAAUCAUUAUUUGGAAUUAUGAAACAGGCCAUUCCAUUCAUCAAUUUGAUGCACAUACACGUUAUGUUACAUGUUGUUCGUUUUCAUUAGAUGGUUAUUACUUAGCAUCUGGUUCAAAUGAUCGUAUGGUAAAUAUAUGGAAAAUAAACUAUAAUGAUAAUGAUAAUGAGGAAAAAAACCAUAAAAAAUCUAAAAAGCAAGAGUUUGAAUUACAUUCUAUUGAUCAAUGGACAAAUGACAUGGUUCAACAAUGGCUUGAACAAUUUGGUAUACAAACAAAAUUAAAUUUAACUGGAAAUGAUUUAUUAUUAAAAUCGGAUACUGAAAUAUUAGAAUUAUUUAAUAAUAAUGAACAAUUAUUAAAUGAACUUAGUUCAUUAAGACAUAAACAUUUUAUAAAACAAAUUUCAUUGAAAAAAGCAAAUGAAAAUUUAACAUCAAAUGAAAACAAGAAAGAAUCUAUACCAAAUGAAUUUUUAUGUCCAAUAACGCAUGAAAUAAUGUAUGAUCCUGUAUGUACAUCUGAUGGUUAUACAUAUGAAAGAAAAGCCAUUGAAGAAUGGUUAACAAAAAAGAAAACAAGUCCUCUGAUGAAUUCAUCGAUCAAGGGUACACAACUUUAUCCUAAUAAAGUUUUAAAAAUGUUAAUUGAUAAAUAUGUUCAACAAAGCUAA